CGUUUCUCUAUUUAAGAGCGACGACUCCUUCGUCUUCUCAUCACCUUCUGCGCUUUUCUUCCAACACCUAUGGCUUCCUCCUCCCCUGUCCUCCACCUCUUCUUCGUCCUACUCACCCUGUUCUUCGCCCCAACCUCCGCUGUCCACCACCGUCGCAUCGCCUCUCACAACUACAGAGACGCCCUCACCAAAUCCAUUCUUUUCUUUGAAGGCCAAAGGUCAGGCAAACUUCCUCCCAACCAGAGAAUGACUUGGAGGAGAAACUCUGGACUUUCAGACGGAUCCGCCAUGAAAGUGGAUUUAGUAGGUGGAUACUAUGAUGCAGGGGAUAAUAUCAAGUUUGGGUUUCCAAUGGCGUUCACCACCACAAUGCUGUCAUGGAGCGUUAUUGAAUUUGGUGGGUUGAUGAAAAAUGAGUUAGGAAAUGCGAAAACAGCCAUCCGUUGGGCGACUGAUUAUCUUCUCAAAGCUACCGCUCAACCAGACACCAUUUACGUUCAGGUUGGCGACGCAAACACAGAUCAUGCUUGUUGGGAAAGACCUGAAGACAUGGAUACCCAAAGAACAGUGUUGAAGAUCGACAGAAACCAUCCAGGGACCGAUGUUGCUGCUGAAACAGCUGCUGCUCUUGCUUCUGCGUCUUUGGUUUUCAGAAAGUCUGAUCCCGCUUACUCCAGGGUCCUCCUUAAAAGGGCCAUUAGGGUGUUUGCGUUUGCCGACAAGUACAGAGGUUCCUAUAGCGAUGGGCUCAAGAGUUAUGUGUGCCCAUUUUAUUGCUCAUAUUCUGGAUACCAGGAUGAAUUAUUGUGGGGAGCAGCAUGGUUGCAGAAAGCUACAAGAAGCCGAACAUAUUUAAACUACAUUCAAGCAAAUGGUGUAACACUUGGUGCUGAUGAGAGUGAUAAUACCUUUAGCUGGGACAAUAAGCAUGCUGGGGCCAAGAUUCUUCUCUCAAAAGCAUUUCUUGUCCAGAAGGUCCAAUCUCUCCAUGAUUACAAGGGUCAUGCAGAUAGCUUCAUUUGCUCACUUGUUCCAGGAGCCCCCUAUUCUCAAACCCAAUACACACCAGGAGGGCUUUUGUUCAAGAUGGAUAACAGUAACCUGCAGUAUGUAACUUCGACCACAUUCUUAUUGGUAACAUAUGCCAAAUUCUUGACCAAAGCACACAAAGUUGUGAACUGCGGUGGCGCAAUUGUGACCCCACGGCGGCUCCGAACAAUUGCCAAGAAACAAGUGGAUUAUCUGCUGGGUGACAAUCCGAUGAAGAUGUCGUACAUGGUGGGAUAUGGUUCAAGAUACCCAAAGAGGAUUCACCACCGGAGCUCGUCACUGCCAUCACUCUCCGCACAUCCAGCCAAAAUCGACUGCGGAUCGGGGUUCACCUUCAUGCAUACCGAGAACCCAAACCCAAACAUACUCGUCGGAGCCGUCGUCGGGGGACCCGACGGACACGACCAGUAUACAGAUGAACGGUCGGAUUAUUCCCAAACGGAACCGGCCACGUACACAAAUGCACCCUUGGUUGGAACGCUAGCGUAUUUGGCUCAUUCAUUUGGGCAGCUUUAGUUUUAGAGCAUCAUAUGAAAUUAUCAAGGAAUGUAGUCGUUAUGACUCAUCUAUGAUCUUUGUAUUUGCCUAUUUGGAUUGAAGUUAAUUAGGGUUUGGUUUUAAUUUUCGGAUUCGGGAAGAUCAAAGAUUGGUGGAGCCCCGGAAGAAAUUGUAUAAUGGUUUAUGUUAUGCUUUUGGGAUUUGUACAAUGGUUAUUCUUAUUCAAGAAAAUUGUAAACUACAAAUGAGAACGGCGCUACUAUCUAAAGCAAAUAUGCUCAAUUAUAAUACUUUAAUAUUUUAUACA